ACUGUCUGGGUCCCCCUCUGGGCCCUGGUCAACAGUACUGUCUGGGUCCCCCUAUGGGCCCUGGUCAACAGUACUGUCUGGGUCCUCCUAUGGGCCCUGGUCAACAGUACUGCCCUAUAACAGGAAUAAGGUACAUUUGUGUUCAGUCACGCUAUUCUUUGGAAAUGUACAUGUUUGUUCAUGGUUUAUUGUUUCAGACAGUAAUGUUUUUCCCUUUUGAAAGUUCUAACAACAGGAGAAUGAGUUCAAAUUAAUCUAAGUCUAAACCUAGCUGAAUUAAUCUGAGCCUAAACCUAUCUGAAAUAAUCUAAGCCUAAACCUAUCUGAAUUAAUCUAAGCCUAAACCUAGCUGAAUUAAUCUAAGCCUAAAUCUAACUGAAUUAAUCUGAGCCUAAACCUAUCUGAAUUAAUCUGAGCCUAUGUCUAGCUGAAAUAAUCUGAGCCUAAACCUAGCUGAUUUAAUCUGAGCCUAAAUCUAGCUGAAUUAAUCUAAACCUAAACCUAACUGACAUUAUGUUCUCCUCUUAUUAGAAGCAAGACUCCACAGAUGGAUCCCACCGCCUAGUUCACCAGGCGUCCAAUGAGAGCAGAGCGUCCAUCACAGAAUCUCUGUCAGAGUUCUUCGAUGCUCAGGAGGUUCUACUGUCUGCCAGCUCCUCAGAAAACGAGGCCUCUGAUGAUGACUCAUACAUCAGUGACAACGUCAGCGACAACAUCUCCAUGGACAACUUCAACAACGAGACGGAGAGACCUAACUCGGGCUGUGAAGAGAACGGGACCCUUCUGAGAAGACGCAGGUCGUGCCUCCCGUCGGCCAGCCCCAACACCAGUAACAUCAGUCUAUGGAACAUCCUUAAGAACAACAUAGGGAAAGACCUCUCCAAGGUGGCUAUGCCUGUUCAGCUGAACGAGCCCCUCAACACCCUGCAGAGACUGUGUGAAGAGCUGGAGUACAGCGAGCUGCUGGACAGAGCUGCUAACACACAGGACCCCUUUGAACGCAUGGUGUACAUAGCCACGUUUGCAGUGUCGGGGUACGCGUCCAGCUACCACCGAGCGGGAGGGAAGCCCUUCAACCCGGUCCUGGGGGAGACCUACGAGUGUGACCGUCCCGACAAGGGCCUCCGAUUUGUAGCAGAACAGGUCAGCCAUCACCCACCUAUAUCAGCAUGCCACGCUGACUCUAAAAACUACAUAUUCUGCCAAGACGUGAGGUGGAAAAACAAGUUCUGGGGGAAGUCUAUGGAAAUAGUUCCUGUGGGCACCACCCAUGUGAUUCUGCCAGGGUUUGGUGACCACUAUGAGUGGAACAAGGUGACGUCCUGCAUCCACAACAUCCUGAGUGGGCAGCGCUGGAUAGAACACUAUGGAGAGAUCUCCAUCAGGAACACCAGCACUGAUAUCUGCCAGUGUAAGGUCACCUUCAUCAAGGCAAAGUACUGGAACUCGAGUGUUAACGAGGUGGAGGGCACCAUCACAGACCACAAGGGGAAGGUCAUCCACAGACUGUUUGGGAAGUGGAACGAGGGGGUGUACUGUGGAGACCCACCCUCUGCCACCUGCAUCUGGAGAGCCAAUGCCAUGCCGGCUGACCACGAGCAGUACUACGGCUUCACUAAGUUUGCUAUGGAGCUCAAUGAGCUGGACCCUUCACUAAAACUGCUGCUGCCUGCCACAGACACCCGGCUACGGCUCGACCAGAGGCUGCUAGAGGAGGGUGACGUAGAGGCAGCAGAGGAACAGAAACAGAAGAUAGAACAGCAGCAGAGAGACAGACGCAGAGUCCUGGAGGAAAACACCAUGACACAUCAACCCACAUUCUUCAGGAAAUCAAAGGACGACACCUGGGUUAGCAACAACACUUACUGGGACCUGAGGAAGGAUCCAGGCUUUGCCCACCUGGACUGUCCAGUGUUGUGGUGACC